CAAAUAUGUGAAUUUCAUCAGCUUGGUUGUUUGUCAUUUUGAUUAAACAUGUCAGCUUCUAAGCCUUCCUCUCGUGCAGCUGCAGUAAAGAGAGAUGGAAAUUUCCGCUAUGCCACUAGACUUCUGGCAUUGGAGAAAGGAAAACGUGUGAAUCAUCCUAAGGAAACAAAAGAAACAAAUGCUCUCAAAGCAUGUGAAUGUUUGUUUAAAUCUGAUAGCUGGAAAGGAUCAAAGAUUUCUCAAAAUUCAAAAUUCCCUGUCAAGAAAUCAACAAGCAAUAAAUGUUGUGCUGUAAAAGACAAAAAGAAAAUAACUUCUGCAAAUCAUCAUGAAAAAGUUGUCAUUGUAUCCAAGAGAUCAUCAUCUGUCAGUGUUGUCAAGUCUUGUAGUUUGCGAAAAUCAGUUUCAGUUAAAAAAGUUAGCUAUUCCACAUCUGUAGUGUUAUCUUCGGAUGAAGACAGUGAUAGUGAAGAAGAAUUGGGAGAUGAUGAUGAUGAUGAUAAUGAUAAAGAUGAUUACCCCAAAAAGAAAAGAACUAUUUUGAAACAUACUACUUCAAAAGUUAAAUCAAGUUACCGUCAGCCUAAAAAAUCAGAGAGAUCAGCAAGAAAGGCUAAAGCAAUUAAGUUAUUAUGUGAGAAAUUAUCUUCAAAUAAUAAACGAAAAGAUGUUUCUCCUACGCGAGAACUAAGGCCAAGAUUUCCGUACAGUAUGCUUCAAGAAUGGCCUACUGCUAGAGCUCAUCGUAUGGCUAGCUUAAAUGCAUUAGCUAAAGUUCAUGUGCUUUAUGAAAAUGAAGGACGGACAUCAGGAGAAAAUUUAAAUGAUGCAGAUGAGAAUACUUUGAUUGAUCUUUUAAAUGAAGAAAAUUCUGAUGAUGAAGAUGAUGUGAUAAUAAAAAAAGAAACAAAAUCUUCUGUUAAUUCUACCUACAAAAAGAAUGAGAAAGCUAAAAGCUCUGAAUCUGAUAAGGUAAAAAUUGACAAAAAGAACAAAAAUUCCAUUGCAGAAAAUAAGAUUCCAAAAAAAAGCAGGAAAAGAAAGGUACCUGAAGUGGAAAUAAUUGAUACCAGAGUGUGUAAGAGAAUGGCUAGCUUAAAUGCUCAAGCUAUAUUAGCUGCAAGUUACUUACAGGAGCCAAAACCAAAGAGAAUUUCAAAAAAGUAUGAAAAAUGUGAUAGCUCUUCUGAUACUGAUGAAAAAGAAGUAAGUCUUGAAUCCAAGUGCUUGUUAAAGAUUACAGAAACAGAAAAAGAGGAUAAAAUUAUUAAUUUGAAGGAUGCAAAAGAAAGCUGUGAUAAAUUCAAAUCCGAAACUGUAGCUGAUUCUGUGAAAGAAAAAAAAAGUAUUGAUAAAAAUUUACAUGUGUCAGAUGUUAGCAAAACUACAACCUCAGAAACUCCAUAUCACAGUAGUUGGACUGUUGAAUCUGACAUAGCAGUAUCGAAAAGUUGUGAAGAAGAAGUAAUUCCUCAUAAUGUUGAAAAAAACAGCGUAGUGUCAUCAGCUGCCUCUACUAAAGUAGGAGUAACACAGUACACAGAAGUAAGAAAAGUCCAAAUUAAUACAAGAAAGGAUAUAGAAAUCAAAGAAGAGAGUAAAUCAGAAAGAAAAAUUGAGAGAAUUCUUUCAAAUGAUGAUGUAGCUAUUACUCAGAUGUAUCGUUACCAGUCCAAAAAUGCCAGUGAAAGCUACUGUGUCCAGAUGCAAACUACAUAUAAACCAGUAUCUAAAAACCUUACACCAUCAGCCAUAACAGUAUCACCAAGCAGCCCAAUGCAUCACCAUAUUGAGCCAGUAUUUACUGGGAGGCCAAACUAUUAUGGAUGUGGAAGUCAUAGCCCCAUAAUACCUCCUCAGCCUUAUCAUGUAAAUCCUAAUGGAAACAUGCCUCCUAUUAUGAGUAUGGAUCAUCGACUCCCUCGUCACUAUGGUGGUAGUGCAUUCACUGUACCUCAUUAUCGACAUCCUCAACAUAUGCAGUUUGCACGCAGUGAUUAUGGAUAUUACCAGCCUGCUGGACCUCUGAUACAGCCACUUCAUGAUCCGUGCACUAUUCAUAAGCCAGUACCAUAUCAUCCUCAACCACAUCGUCCUCAGCCACCUCAAAGGCCUCAACCGCAAGCAUCACAUUUAGAUGUUUAUCCUCCUUGUGAUUCUCAUCAGCCUCAUCAAAACAAUUCUCCUAUAAUUUCUUCUAACCAUCCUCCAAUAUCACUCCCACAAAAUUCUGUCAUACCCUCUUGUCCUCCUUUAUUGGAAGCAACUACUCAAAAACCACAGACAUCUUUGCAUUAUAAUGCACCUCAGCCAUCUGAGAAAUCUCAAGAAAAAUGUUCAAAUGACAUCAGUUCUUCAUAUAAUCGAACAUCAAAGCCACUGCCCUCCUCAUCACUACAUUCAGCAUACUCAUCACAGAAUAAUUAUAGAGAUUUUCAGAGAGAGAAAGAAGUAUCAAAUUUGUAUGGAAAUUAUCCUCCACUGCCUUAUGAUCAAAAACUCUCCAAACAAAGUCCUUAUGAUUCAGUUUCACAGUUUCAUGAUUCUAAUAAGAACAAGUUAAGUUCUCACUUACCUCAUCCAGCAUCUCAAGAAUCAGUUCACUCCCAUAAUGCUGCAGGUGAUUCUCAUCGGGAAAAUACACAUAAUAUGCCACCACAUUCUGGAGGGAAUUUUAAGCACUUAAGUGAUAUCAUACAUUUUAAAGAACCGUCAUGGGGUAUUAAAACAAAUCAUGAUGGAAUCUCUGAUGUACCAGUAAGUUUUCUACCUUUCCAGAAUGAACCAAAUAAAGAAAUGCCUUCUAACGAUAUACAAGAAACUAUUAGGUACCCAUUACGUCCACCAUCUGUUAUUGAAAUUGUAGAAGAUAAUUCUAGAGAUACCAAAACUUAUAUUCAGUUAGAAGUACCAAAAAACAGUCAUCGGGAGAAAAUUGUUGUUGUAGAUGUAGAAAAUGAUGAUAUAGAGAGAAAAUGUGAUGAAACAAGAAUUGGUGUUAAACCAGUUCGUGAUAGCAACUCAUCUCAGGAAAACAUUAUAUCUCCAGAAAAGAAAGAAGAUUCAGUAAAAUUAGAAGUAAAGUCUACUGAAGAAAGUAUUGUAGUGAAAAAUACUAACUCUAUCCCAAGUAAAAAUGAAGAGCCUGUUAAAGAACUGCCAGAUAUUAUGGUAUUGGAAGUUAAGAAAAGGAAAGAAUCUGCUGUUGUUCGGAGGGCAAGAUUACAUGGAAAGCAAAGGACGUUUAGAGAUUGUUACAACAGACCAUUAGCACAAUUGUCAAAAACAAAGAAAAGUGAUAAUUUAGUGGCUUCAGAAGAACAUCUCAAUAAGCAUUUGCAGCCAUUGGUUUCAUUACCUCGUCUCGUUCUUCCAAAGAUAAUAGAGAAGAAACCAUCGCAUGGGUGGUCUUGGGAAGGCACUCCAGUUGAUAAACAAAUCUAUAUAUCAAAUGAUGAUCCACCUUGCAUCCGAAAAUGUUAUCCUUCUAUACGUCAUGUGGAAGGUGAUGUUAUAUGCGAGCGAGAUUGUGUACUUUUAAGAUCGGGUCCACGUAAAACUGAUGUACCAUUUGUAGCAAAAGUGACGGCUUUAUGGAAUAAUCCUACAGAUGGUGAAAUGACCAUGAGCUUACUCUGGUAUUAUCGCCCUGAACAUACAGAAACAGAGAAGAAAAUACAUCAUAUGGAGGAUGAAAUCUUUGCAUCUAAACAUAGAGAUGUAAAUAGUGUGGCAUGCAUUGAAGAUAAAUGCUAUGUGCUUACAUAUUUAGAAUACUGCAGGUAUAGAAGGAAAUGCAAAUUGGCUGAGGAUUGUACGAUAACUCCGAUAUCCGUUGUACCUGAUGGAGAAGAGUAUCCCAGGAAAAAGAAACUUCCACCCAUUAAUGUAUCACCAGACCUUGUUCUAUUCUGUAGAAAAGUAUAUGAUUAUCGUCAGAAAAGAUUACUUAAAAAUCCCAUUUUUUAAUUUCUCAUAUAUAUCAAUCUAUAUAUAUAUGAAUGAUUACCAUCUUGGUGAUGUUUUUUGUCAGAGGACCAGUUUCUAGUAAUUUAUAUGUGAGCAAAAGUGUGUAACCAUUCAUAUGGUUGUAUUGUGUAUUGUGUAUAUAUGUAACAGUUGUGGUCAUUAAUUUUGCUAUGUUGAUUAUGAUAAGAACUGAUAAUAGUUUAAUGCAAUUUGCAUUUUAUACCAUGUUCUUCAGCUUAAAGUAAUUUCUGACAAUAUUUUAAUGUAUUUCUUAUUAUAUUUUUAUAGAUUUUUAAUGUUUUAAAUUAUUUGGAUGAUUUAACUGUUAUAUUUUCUGGUGAUUGUAUGUACAUUAAAUUGAAACUAUAAUUUUUACUAUUUAGAUUGUAUGGAAUAGAAAAUAUAAUUUUCUGAACUCCUAUAUUAUUUUCGUCACAUCGAAGGAAGCAGGGUUACAUGUAUGUAUAAAAUUUAAAAGAAUAAUUUUAUAGUAAUACAUGGAGAAGUAUGAUUUUUAUAGAUUUCAUUCUAAAUUUGGUAGUGGCUGAUGUAUUCAGUAAACUUAAUUGUUAGAGAAUAUGCUUUUUUAAAAAAAUAUUUUAGAUUGUAUAAUUGUUAGAGAAUUUGCUUUUUUUAAAAUCAUUUUAGAUUGUAUCUGAAUAGAAAAUUGUAGGAUGUUUGACCAACAAAUGAAUGUUAAAAGAAUUUUACGCUUUAUAAAAGGAAUAGUUAUAUAUUCAUAUUUGAUUUCCACAUAGGAAUGUUAAAUUAUUGUAAGUAAAUCAAUUGGCUUUUAUAUUUUUAAUAUUUUACUCUACUUAUCUAUUUAAACAUGUAAGUUGAUAAUACUGUACAUAAAAAAAGGCUGAAGCUGUUACCCAAAUUAUAUUUAUCAUUAGAUGCAGAAUUUAAUGACAGUUAAAAGUAUGCCCUGCAUUAUACGUAAAAAGUAUUAUUAAAUUUGAGAUUUUAAAUAAUUUUUAUCAUUAAAUUUAGUUGAUAAAAAAUUAGGUUUGUGUGGUAAAAAUUAGGUAAAAAAAAUGCUUUUAAAAUAUUUUCUUUAAAAGUAUAUAAUACUUUUUCCUUAUUCAAUAAUAUAGUGAAGUCUACACAAUAAUGAGAAAAUUAAUUCUGUUAAGUCGUGUCUUUCAAAUGUCACUGCCAGUUUAAGUAGAAAUCCCAUGCAAUUCCUUUUUUGUAGCUGUCUAGUCUUUUUCUUGUACUGCAAUUCUCACUCAAAAAUAAAAACAUUAUUGCCUAGCUAUUGUGUUUUAAUUGAUAUGUCACUUCUUUGUAUAGUUUAUAAUCUCUCUUAAUUUUUUUACUUUUAUCUUUAAAUGCUAAAGACUAAAAUUGUGUCUUCUGCGAUUUCAUGAAGAUGGUAACAAUCAAUUUAAUAGCACAUUCCAUCAUUUUAAAAAUAUUUUUCAUUGGCCUGCCUAAAAAUAUUAGCAUAUUUUAAAAGUACUGAGAGAAUUAAGAUGUAUAUUUUGUACAAGUUAUUUCUUGGUAAAUCUGACAGUGAUAUUUAUAUAAUUUUUAACUUGAUAUUUGUAUAAUUUAUCACCUUUCUGCACUUAACAGCCUGCUGUCUUUCAUAUUAUUUUCAAUAUUCUUUAUGUAUAUUUUUUAGCAGAUAUAUUGCAUCAGUUUGUCAUGAGAACAUUUGAGACAAACAUCAGCUAUUAAUGAAGCUGAAUUUUUUAUCUCCUACCUUCAAUAAUAUUAAUUAUAUAUGCUUUCUUGAAUUAUUGAAUUCAUCUCUACUAAUCAAUUAUUUGUAAAAAAACUGUUUGAAAUUUCACAGUGGAUUAUUUUCCUUUGAUAAUAUGAUACUAAAAUUUUUCAUAAUUAAACUUUGUUGAAUAAAGGCUUUUUACGGAAAGAAUUUCCUAAAAGUGAAUAAAAAAUUAGAAGGGGGAAAUUAAUAAAUUAUUUUAAAAAAACUAUUUUGCAAUAUAAUAAUUUCUGAGAUCUCUCCAUUUUAAAUUAGUUCUUGUAGUAAUUAUUUUUAGAAUUUAAUGUGCUUGUUUUAAAGCAAAAGUUUUCUCACAUUAAAAUUAAAAUACUGCACAAACUUGUUAACCUUGAAAUUUAGCACUUGGAAGCCCGGAUUUUGGAUUUGUUUUAUUAUCUAUUUCAAGUUUUGUAAAACUUUAAUGAAUUUUUGAUUAAUAAAUUAAAUGAUUUCAAAGCAAGCAAUGGCAACACUGUACGGGAAAAAAGCACUUUUAUCU